UACCCCUGGUCUGACAGGUCAUAGCAUAAAGUUGAAGUGUAAUCGUUCAACACAACACAGAGUUACGCCAAUAUAAUAGACGUUUUCGUUAUGAUGUGGAAAACACCACAAGCGAGAUAGGAAUUAAGGUGAGAUUUAGGUUUAUGAUUCGCGUUUUUCUGCCGUCAUCUCCAUGACAGAAUCUUCUUCAGAAAACCACGUAAGUGGAAAAACAGAUUGUGCAACAGAAAGCAUACAGGCACUUCACAAAAUUAAAUUUGUUGUUCCAUGUGAAUUUGACUAAAGAAACCUUUUUCUAAAACUACUGCACGCUCGUUAUCGUAGUUUUCGAGAAGCAGGCAGCGAACAAUCAUCAGCUGAAAUGGAGUGAAUUUCAAAUUCAUUAUUUGUAGCCUUUUGAUAUUGAUAUAAAAGCACUGCUUUUACGAAGAAAAAAAAAAGAAUCCUCGAGUUAUCACAUUAAAUUUUCCGGCCAACUACAACAAUAAUGAACAGUCCCGAUGUUUUCCCAUUACAACUGGAUGCAAGAAAAUGGUUAAGUAUUGAUACUUGUUAACAACCUGCACUUUAUAACAACCACGCGUUCACAGCUAUCUUUUAUGACGCAUGAAAGCAGUUUUAUGAAGCGGUUACAAGAUUGUAAGGUGAAAUUGAAAGCGUGGUUACCGAUAAAAGACAUUGAGCAGUUCAAAUGUGUUAGCAGCAGGCAAAAAGCAGUGUAUGCUAGUAUCAUUUCUGUCCCUUAGAGGGAGAAAAGGGGACUUGAUUUAUGAAGUCUGAUAGUGAUCUACUUCUAGUAGUACACGCCUACUGGGAAUUGUACAAUAACCUGUUGGAAAUGAAUAGGCUACCGGAGACCUUUGAAUAGACUUCACUGAGGUUUUCUGUCUUUUCCAUCAUGUGAUGUAACUUUGCUCCAAUCGGGAGAAGCUCUAGGAGAGACUCCGGCACUAAUGAUCUGCGCGAUCACAUUCAAAAACACAUUGCAUUGCUACCAGGCAGGAGUCGUCGGCGUAAACAACUGUGAAGAUCCCAGCUGCAAUGCCAGUACGGAACAGAUACAACCUGGUUGAUGAUGUCGCGGAUUCCAGGGUCCCAUUGCACAACGAGGAGGCGUAUCAACAUGGGAUUAAUUUCCAGGCAAAGUAUGUGGGGAGUUUGGAUGUACCGAGACCCAACAGUCGUGUGGAAAUCGUAGCUGCCAUGAGGAGGAUAAGGUAUGAGUUCAAGGCCAAGAAUAUCAAGAAGAAGAAAGUGAGCAUUGUGGUGUCGGUGGACGGGGUCAAAGUGAUCCUGAGAAAGAAACAGAAGAGGAAAGAAUGGACAUGGGAUGAGAGCAAGAUGUUGGUGAUGCAUGACCCUAUUUACAGGAUUUUCUACGUGUCCCACGAUUCGCAAGACUUAAAGAUCUUCAGUUACAUUGCGCGGGAUGGAGCCAGCAACACUUUCAGAUGCAACGUCUUCAAAUCGAAGAAGAAGACCCAGGCAAUGCGCAUUGUACGCACAGUGGGCCAGGCCUUCGAGGUGUGUCACAAGCUGAGCCUGCAGCACACGCAGCAGAGUGCGGACGGCGAGAGUGACAAGUCAGUGGAGGAGCAGCCAGCAGAGGGUCGCCAGUUAACGGGCGCUGAACAGGACGAGGUGGGGAAGUCUGAGGCUGAUCCCGAAGCAUCGGCACUGUGUGAGCAGGCUGUGAACGAGAUCCUGCAGAGCCUCUCCGAGCUGGAUGUAGUCAAGUCCUCUCACAUCCAUAAAGACACGAACUUUCAGGAUAUGGAGAAGUGCACCCUGUACACAGUCAUGUCUCCCAGCAGCAAGAGCUCCCCUAAGCUGACACCCCUGGCUUCUCAGCACCAGCUGCAGCUCCUCCAGCACCAGCUGCACCAGCAGCAGCAGCAGACACAAGUGGCUGUGGCUCAGGUACAGCUACUGAGGGACCAGCUGUCAGCCGAGACCACGGCUCGCAUUGAGGCCCAGGCCCGUGUCCAUCAGCUUCUGCUGCAGAACCGUGAUCUCCUGCAGCACGUGGCUCUGCUGGUCAAACAGCUCAAAGACCUUGAAGUCAAAGUCCAGAAAACAAGCAACUCGGCUCCCUGGCUCAUUCCUCACAACAGCGAGGGACACCGUAGAGCCUUUUCCCCACGGUCAGACGAGACAAGCUCCAGGUGGAACUCUGUGUCAGCACAGUCGCUCUCCCUAAACCUGAAGAAGAACUACAGCUUGGGACCUGAUAUGCCCAUCACUUCCACUCCAGCUGGUGAUCCAGGGAGCACCCCUGUCCAUAUGACCCAGGUGGACUGCACCGAGUCCUACCUGAACCUCCUGAAUCUUGAGAAGCAGGGGGCACCUGACUGUCCAAAGAAUGAAAGCAGGAUAACAAGCGCAGCCAAUGGGAAGCACAGCAGUGGUGAAGACACAAAUGGAUUGGAAGUGACUGGGAGUGAGAUUGCGUGCCUGAGUUCUGUUCCCCAAAACCUUAAAACGGGGACUGAACGGUUUCUCCAAACUAUCCCCAAACUGGAUCCUCCACCUCAAUCUAUCAACAGGAAGCGCCCAAUCAGAACUCUCUCUGUGGGACAGGAAGCAGAUAUGAAGUUGACAAACCCACCUGUUGAGGCCAACAACAGCUCGGAUGCCCACCAUGACACCACGGCCUUCACCGACGUCACACCCUGCACCUUCGCCUCUUGCGACUUUGAGCCUCUCCAAGCCGAGGGCAAAUCGCGGUCGGCGAGUGAGGACUCUGGAGUCCGGUCAGAGGACAAAUCUGUUUUGACACCUCUACAGGAGGACCUGUUUGAGGACAACGGGGCAUUCUUUUCCACCUCCAGCAGCUGUAGCAGUAACCUGGGAGAUAAAGCAGCUUCCUUCAGCAGCCCCGACAAAACAAGCCCUGUGAGGGACUCCAAAUGUCUUGACAGCAGCUAUAGCAACACGCUGCCAUUUUCUUCCCUCUCCAACGACACAUGUCUCCACAUAAGCUUCUCAGAGGAUGAACUGCUAGACAAUGACAAUGAUGAUUCAGGUGUUCCUCUACACAGCUAAGGGAACGUAAGGGAUUUUUAAGUUAUAGGAAAUGGACUGCAGAGGCACAGGCUGUGUAGCCCUCACAGACAUGGGCCUUUCUCGCAACAGAGAUAAAACCAACAUUUUUGGGACUCACACUGCGUCGAACGUCUUUAUAAAGCAGCCCUUUUUUAAACUCUUUCCCCGAUGAACAUCACAGAGUGACAGCAAACCUACCGCGUACCGUGUAUUGUUUGCUUUUUUUGUCUUUGUUCAAAUUAAUUCUUCGACCUUGUGAAAAUAUAGUGCCAUAUUCACUAAGCUACAGUUUUUCAGCACCUACAGUACACUUUGCAGCAUCCCACAUUUUUGAGAAAAUACUCCUCAUCUUUUAGUCGAGUAUUUCCUCAACCUGUUUGGCUAAAUUUCCACAAAUGUACGCGUACUCAGUGAGGAGGAAACAGUAAUACUUGGAAUAAUUUGCUAUUUUAUGAAUAUCAGCCUUUACAAUGGAAACUCUUUCUGUUGGUAACCCCUUAAAGAGGUAGUUUUACUAUUUGAAUAACAUUGGCAUAUAUGACAUUUUAUACCUAGCUGUUACUAAUGACUAGAGUAGAUGUCACGGUAUCCAGUGAUUUCAGUAACAUUCUACUGUUUAUAGUGUCUCGAGUGAGACCAUUCAUUUUUCUGCAGCUUCGCUGACAAGCUCAAAUGAGCACAAACCUUUUAGUUGAAGUAGAAGUCGAUGUCUUAAUUUAUUGCAUUUUUAAAAGUGAAGAAUCGGAGAAUGCAAGCUUUGAUUUUUUUUCAUCCCCAAAACAACAAGAGAAGGAAUGUUCCAAUGUUGAAGGAAAGCCACGUUUAUUGGGUCGCCCAGUGAAGAGAGUGAAGAGAGAGUGCUGUGAAUGGAAUUAUCUAUGAAGGAAUAAUGGAAGCUUUAAUGGAACUUUGGCUCAUGAAGGUGAACAUUUGCUAUAUUUCUUGACUUUACCUACCCAAGCAUUUGCCAUUCAGUCGACAAAGCAAAAAUAUAUAUUAAAAAUGUAACUUAAUGUUGCCCCCUUAUGUUAGACCUCUUUUCUGAGACUCAUCGUAGAAGACUAAGACUGAUGUUAAAUGUACCCUGAAUAAAAGCCACUUGAGGUCAAGGUUUUCUAAAUUCUUCAAAGCUUUUUAAUAAGCCAGAAUAAAAAAUGUACAGAUUGACUUCUAAAUAAUAAUUUUAAAAAAGUAUUUGCUUAAUUCUGGGUAGGAAAUUCAUCUUUAACAAGUAAAGAAAUAUCGCUUUAUCACCGAAUGGCAAAGAUGUGUGGAACAAGUCAUUAGCGAGAAAAUGACUAAAUUUGAAGAUCCGCCAAAGGUGUUCUAUUUAUUUUAUCGUCAGUGUUAUGGAAAAAUAAAAAGCAGAUAAAGGAAAUCCUUGAAUGAACAAAAAAAACAGUGUAAGAAGUGUUGAAAAAUUACCCAGAUCUAUUUUUUUCAUUUGAAAAGUAGAAUCUUCAGUCCAUUGUGUUUUUUUAGGAAUUUUAUCAGACCCCAUAACACAGAGGGUGUAAUAGGAUACACAAGAGUGUGUAUUGUGUUGAGAACAAAUUUUCCAUGGCAGAGUUCUGAUUCUUUGUAAGAGUGCUAUGGAUUUUGAAAUGUAUUUUAUUGUGUUGUUCUCCAAUGUGUUUCUGACACAGCAAAGGCCACAGUGAAAGCAACACAUUAUUGCACACAUGGUUGAAGUUAAAAUGCAACAGAAAUAUUGUCGUAGCUGAGUCCUAAAGACUUAUUUGAUUGCUGGUUAAGUGGAUGUGUAUUGUUGGAGUCUGAGCAGGUGUGUUACAAAAGCAGGAUUGAUUAAGGGUGUCAAAACAGGCUGUAAUUGUGGCUUCUCCCAGCAUUGGCGAGAUCAACACCACCAAUAAUAAAAGCUUUAGCAAGAA